AUGUUCGCGGCUGCGGAAAAGCGCAUUCUUUCGGCAGUCAGCUUGCCACAGAGAUUGAACUCCGCAUUGCUUGAACGGGAAAGGGAGAAGAUUUGUGAUGCCUGGGAUAUUGAUGCCGGAUUGUGCGACGUAAAGAAGGCAGCGGGAAUUGGGUCCCGUCCGCAACACAAUCACGUCUUCAGACCGCUGCGAGCCCACAGGGAGCAGCUGGCAGAUCAAAUGCGUCUGCAAUGUAGUUACGGAAUCCCAGCUGCAACCACCAUUCAAGAAUUUCCUAGCAGCGUAAGCACCCACUCCGAGGAGCUCACCAUGUCGGUGACUGGACGUGAAUGUGCAAUUCUGCGGAUCUGUUUCGUUGCUAUCAGAGUUGCUGCUGCUGUGCGGAUCUGGCACAGCCGGUAUGACGCACAUCGAAUCGAGAGAUCGCUGCAAGAGCAUGGGCUUCGUCGUCUUGACCAUUUCUCCUCGAACAUUGAUCUUUCUGAGUAUUUCGCUGCUCUGAUACGGGAGGUCGUUCAUCAUGCGUGGCGAGCACUUUGUGGAGAAACGGAAGUCCCAUUCUCUGCUGCCAUUCGACUACGUCUUGGGACACUUCAUCGAUUGGUAAAUCGAGUGCGAGGACUGCGACUACCUUCAGUGUACAAGUCUAUGAAUAGCCCUCGAUCGAGAGCUGAGGUUGCGACUACUUCUCAAAUUUGCAAAUCUAUGAAUAGUCCUCGAUCGAGAGCUGAGGCUGCGACUUCUCAACUUAGAGAGAAAGAGCUCGACGAACAUGAAUGCGAGAAAAACGUCGCAUACUUGGAUGCAAGGGCUGGGAGACAUCUGCAAGAACAUUACAUUAUUCAUCGAUAUAAAAAAUCUGGAUACAGCGAGGGGGAGGAGGAGAAGACAGACGACCAGGAGCGCCAGAUUUUCGCCAGCAAGCAACUCGAAGUCGACCGAGCACCUCAUCCGAAACCUCCCAUUCCAGCGCCUGUCUCCGUGAGAUCCUUCGUUACCAAGCUCCUCGCCCGAAAGCUCCAAUUCCAAUGGCUGCCCGUUUCGAGCAUGAGAAAGUCGCUGCUUCGCAGCAAACUUAUGUACAUUGAUACCAUGUUUCAGCAGAAAGUCGAGCAGACGCAGACGCGUUUGUAUGAGAUUUUUUACCUCUGGCAGUGGUUGGAGCAGAGGGCUCCUCAGGAAGCUGAGCUGGCUUUGAGGAAGUAUGAGGCGCUUGGAAAGUUGGUGAGUAGUUUCCGAGAAGUUGGUGAUACUGGUACGGAGAUUUCGGCUUUUCAACGAAAGGUCGAUACCAUCAAGCGGCGCUGGCCAGAAUGGACUUGGAAUGUUGGCGAGCGGACUCCUGCGGUCUUCAGCGGCCGUAUGGUCGAUACUUUGGUGAAGCUGAGUUUGCGGAUCGAGAAUGAUCCGGAUGCUCGUCGUUUGGCUCCGGCGCUGCUGAAAGAUGCAGCAACUGCUCGCAUUCGCGAGCUCAAGACUACUCUGGCCUCGGGCAAUAAGGCCCUCAUGCUUACGACGGCCGAUAUCGAAACGGUGUGGCGGGAUUUUGGAGGUCAGACGCGCAAAGAGACCACCAUUGUGGAUCUUUUGGAGAGAAGCAGGACGAGUAUCGAGAGGGGAGUCGGUAGUGCCGCUCCCCUCGCAGGUACUUCGUCGAUUUUCCGGACCAAUGUGUCGUCAAUGCCCUUGUUGGGCCAAAAUUCCUUUGGCAGCUUCGCCUCCUCCUCCUCGCUGCCGCCUGGCCACGAGCCAACACCGCCUCCUCCUGCUCCUGCUCCUCCUGGCUCUCCUCCUGGGCCUGACCUUGAGCCAACACCUCCUCCGCCUCCGCCUCCGCCUCGCGUUCUUCCGGGGAGAGAUGCUCGUCCUCCGGCUGGCUUCGGUCUUGGUGCCGUCAGUGGUGGGCUCUCGCGAGGCCAUAAGAAAUCGAAGAGACCGCGCGUUGAUUCGCCACCACCGCUCCCGCCGCCUCCUCCUCCUCCUCCCGGCCAGCUUGACUGGCGUAGCAUGUUCGCAGCUCAGCUGCAAAUCGAUGAAGAUCGGCUCGCUGCCGCCGCAACAGAUGAGGAGAGAGAUGCCGCCUCCGCCGCCCUCGACGCCACCAAAGCUGCGAUGAGCAUGGCUCCUGCACAUUGGGAUGGAAAACUGGCUUCUGUACAACAACUACAUACAAUGAAUGAUGCUGGCGGCGACAUUACUUCGACUUCUUCGAUUUCACCCGGUCUUUCGCGGACACACGGACUCACCUUUUUCCGAUCUUCAUUGGCGGUUCGGCAGGAAGGAAAUGCACAACACGAUGGGAGAAAUCCUAGUAGCGGCAUCAUUGGAAUAUCUUCUGGCUUUGGAGGCAGCAUAACUGGAAUUUCUUCUUGCUAUGGACGCGUUACUCGAAUCCCUUCCUGCCGUGGCGGCGGCAGUACUGGAAUCUCUUCUUCUGGCGAUAUGGCGGUGGCAGGAGAUGCAGCAGGACGAUGCGAUGCGAUGCGAUGCGAUGCGACUCGUGCGGCGAAUCGAAUGAUGGCGGCGGUAUCACUUGAUUCUUCUUGUUCUCCAAGUUGUGAAUAUGUAAUUCUGGAUCCAUGGUCAUGGCCAGGCGCAGAUGCCGGCGCGGGAGGAGAGCUGAGCUUCAUGCAGCGCACACAGCCAUACACACCCUCGCCAGCUUCACAUCAGAUCGGGAUUGGAUCGGCCCCAUCACCGGACGACCUCUCGGUAUCCAACAGUCCGAAAACAAUGUCAUCACAGGGAGCAACCGACAUGGCGUCAGGCGAAAACUGCAACCACCACCGUCGGAGAAUCAGCAAAAGCGACGGUUUUGUCCAGCAACUGAUCGACCAACACCCACCUCGCAAGAUCAUGACUGCUUUUCAGACUUUCUCCGAACUGGUCGACCAACGCGUGGCACGCCUCUUCACAGCAUUUGACGAUCCAGCAAGCGACGAAGAUCUCAAGGCCGAGGCCACGAUGUUCCUGGAUGCCGAGGAGGAAGCUGAAUGGCACGCGGAGUGGGCUCGAGCUCGCGUUACAUUGAAGCAGAUUCUCUCAUCUCUGGAGACGAGACGUGAGGAGCUUGAUCAUAUCGUUUGCGAACGUGUCUUGCCUGCGUGGCUGGAAGCGGGUGGUAGGAAGACGACAGCGAUGCCGGAGGACGUGGACAUGAAGGAUGAGGAGAAGAAGCACGUGGCCAUGAAGGAUGAGGAGAAGAAGCAUGUGGCCAUGAACGAUGUGGCCAUGAAUGAUGACGCCAAGAAGGAUGUACACAAGAAGGUUGUAGUCAAGAAGGUGGUGCAAAAGAAGGAUCGGGGCAAGAAGGGUGUAGACAUGGAGGAGGAUGUCAGCAAGAGAAAUGUUGACCUCAGGUAUGACCAGGCGCUCAUUGCAAGAAAAGUGGAGAACAACUUCGAUCAGGGCUCGCGCAGUAUCAUCGCCGUGCUUGAAUGGAUGGCCACUGACCUACUGGCCGCUGGCCAUGACAAUGAAACGCGGAGCAGACACCGCCGGGGGUGGUCAGUCAUCUGCACGCACUUUGAAGGCAAGCAAACGAACAUCGGGCAUUGGAACUGCUUUGGUCGAGGAGGACGACGGGAAAAUGAGACUGAGCAAGACCAUCGGCUCCUGCUUUCACAGUAUAUCAAGAUCUCUUUACACAGUAACGGAGUAAUCACAGAUCCUGAAAUACUUACUCCCAACGCAGUGAUUUUUAGACCUUACAACUCAUCCCGCAAAUAUUGGCAAUUUCAAAGGCAGCCGUAUAGCGGUUAA